CUCCCAACCUUCACCUGCGUCCACGCGACGGACUGGAUCACCGCACAGCCACUUCGAGCUUACGAAGACCCGCCUUGCCUACCAUAUUCGUCGGGAAAAAGACAAAGCAGACACCGCCUCUGGGUCUCGACUCACCGACACGCAUCCAUUUCGGGCUUAUAGCAACGGGCUGUACCAAAGAAGGAUACUCCCUUGUGCAUUGUCCCAACGUAUAUAACACACAGCGAUGUCGCCUCGAACGUCCAUGUCCUCGUCUUCUCAGUCCUCUGGGUCCUGCACUGGAGGAUCUAGCGGUUCCUCUGGUUGUCUCGGCAUGCCUUCCUCAUCCGACAUGUACGACACAAUGCACUCUCGUAAAUCUGGCACCGGGACAAGCGAAGUCGAUGAGGACCCUUGGGCGGCCGAAAUUGAUGACAAAGUAAACUUAUUCAACAAGAAUCUGGUCGAGUUUUUCGACGCCUAUGUUCCAUGCGAGGCCGCAUCUCGUGCUGCGCGCCCAUGGGAUGACCCAGCGACCCCUUUCGAAACUGUCCCUACGACAGGAGAGGAGACUAAGAUGUACCCGGAAAUUAUCAAGGGCCUUGACAGCAUCGUUCGAAAAUUUAAGCCCGCGCGCAGACCUCGAUUCGCCGUCGGGAGCAAACGCUCUGUGCGGUUUCCAUACUCGGCUUGGGAAUACGAACACAACUAUACAUUGCCAGACAUUCUCAUGUCGUUUCCGGCCGAGGCGGAUGAAGGAUGGCAGUCGAAGUGGCGUCGGAUCGCAAUGGCCAUCGAAGUGAAGCCGACAAGAGGCGAGGAUCCAAUCGGGGUGUACGGGGUGAAGUACAGCGAUGAGGCAACAGGCGUACUCACGCAGAUCGCAAAGAGUGCGCGGAACCUCAUGCUGACGCAUGGGAUGCUCUACGUGUACAUCAUCGGCAUUUACUGUGACACAGCUAGGAUCUAUCGGUUUGACCAUGCGGCAUGUGUCGUCUCAAGGGCGUUCAACUACAAGAAUGAUCCAUCGCCUCUCCAUGAACUGCUCUGGCGUUUCUGCCACCACCGAGAACACGAUAGGGGUCGAGCCAACGCACCCCUUGUUCGUAUGGUUCUUGGCGCGGAUCCGUCACUUCAGCCCGUCACGGAGGAGGAAGUCGAGCUGGCCGAUGAGAAGUGUGCAGAAGCAGGGAAGGAUCGCCUUACGGAGGAUGAGAAGCAGGCUUGUCGGUGGAUGACGGUCAUAAGGUACAACAAAGACGGCUCGGAGGCAGGGGCGACGAGGUACCUGCUCUACCGACUCCGUUUCAUGAAUCCUCGGCUAUUCUCGCGUUCGACGGCGGUCUGGGACGCAUUCGAGGAAGGGACGUGGGAGCCCCUCGUGAUCAAGGAGGCUUGGAGGCAACUCGCUCGUGACCGUGAAGACGCGCUGUACGAUUGCCUGCGGCAUGCGUUCGACCCUCAAAAUCGACCGUGGUGGGCGAACAUCGCCGAUUACGUUUUCCUGCACCGCAACGACGAGGACAAACCGACGUUGCCGGAUGGCGGUUUCAAACUGGAUGACCAAGGCUGCCCCAUACGCUCGGAAGACUUCGAUGAACUCGAAGCAGAGGCUAAACUCGAUGCUGCUGCCUCAGAGCUGUAUGGGCUUCCGAGCGUGACGUUUUCGGAUGACCUCGGUGCGCGCGAGGCUGCCAAGCUCCUUUCAAAGCAGAGUGAUUCACCACUGGAGGUAAGCGACGACGCCAUAGACGCCCUUGCUAGCGGCGUGGACCACCCGCCUGCGUACGAUGUGUAUCACCGUACGAUCUGUGGCUGGUUAAGAGAUGCGAACAAGGCCAACUACAACGAACGAAGCCACAUGCGGGUCGUGAUGAAGACGACCGGUCGGCCUCUAUGCGAGUUCAGGUCAACAAGAGAGCUUGUGGAGGCACUACGAGACGUUGUUAUUGGGCAUCGACAGUUGUUUCAGCAAGGUAUCAUACACCGGGAUAUAAGUGAAGGCAAUGUCAUGAUCUACGACGGAUGGAUCCAUGUUUUCGUUGGCUUCCUGCUCGAUCUUGAUUACGCCUUUGACUGGAAGACUGCGCUCAAGCACGCGGGCUAUGAACAGAUCGAUGAGAACGCUUGGAAGCAGGCUGUCGAGGAAUACAACAAGAAUUUGCCUCAUCGUACGCGUCCGGCACCGCCGGAGAAGGAGAUACCUCUCCUCUUAUGCAAGAAAGAGGACGGAAAAGACUUGGGCAACGAAGCCGAGCGGGAGGCAUGGAAGAUGAGGAUGAGGAUGAAGGAGCAAACUGGGACUCUGCUUUACAUGGCUAUCGAAAUCCUCUGCAGCUACGUUGCCCACGACAUUCGCCAUGACCUAGAAUCCGUGUUUUGGCUCUUGCUGUGCAUGGUGUUGCGGCACACGCGACAUACUUGCUAUCCGGCCUACCAGCUUUACAUCCGCAUUUUUGGUGCUAGCACCGAUUACGACAGCGCAGAGAAUAAACGAGGGUUCCUCACUGGUCCCAUGGACUGGGAGGUCGAAGGCAACAAGCCACUGACUACUCUCGUUCACAAGUACAAGGUCCUCUGUCUUCGGAACAUACCAUGGGAUGGGGUUUCGAGCAUUACCCCUCUCACCUACGAGAGCGUCUUGGACUUGUUCGAUGAAGCCCUCGCGGAUGCGUCCUGGCCAGAGAAUGACCACGCUCAGGCUCUUCCGUUCAAGAUUCCGCGCGACGGCAAUGACUCUUCUGCAGGCAGCCAGACAAGUCGUGGCAAGAAACGUGCCAGGGAGGAGGAGGCGAGGACUGAUGAUGUGGUCACAGAGCCUGAGGGUGACCCAUCGAGGCUGCCUCAACAUGUGUCGAAGAGAGCAACAGUCAGGAGUCCCUUGGGCAUUGACACAGGCAGUCCCGAGUCGGAAGGCAGUGCUUGAAACUCGGUGGUAUGUUCGCAGCGUCGUGUUGUACGAGUAUCGUGGAGUCGUCUGUUCAACAUUUCAAUCUCAGACAUUUUCACUGAUAUUUAAUCAUGUACCGACUGAUACACGCUUUGAGCUGUCUUUUUGUAGCCUCGGAUUGUAUCUAUCAUAUGCUG